GCCAAUCGAAGAGCCCCCAGCGGGUUCCGGGGGCGGGGCUAAGGAGGGCGGGGUUUGAAGAGGCCGCAGCGUCACCUGACCGCGGGAGGCUCCGCGCGGGGUGGGUGCAGCUUGCUGCAGGCUUAGGGGAGUCGCCAUGCCUACAACACAGCAGUCACCUCAGGAUGAGCAGGAAAAGCUCUUGGAUGAAGCCAUACAGGCUGUGAAGGUCCAGUCAUUCCAGAUGAAGAGAUGCCUGGACAAAAACAAGCUUAUGGAUGCUCUGAAACAUGCUUCUAAUAUGCUUGGUGAGCUCCGGACUUCUAUGUUAUCACCAAAGAGCUACUAUGAACUUUAUAUGGCUAUUUCUGAUGAAUUACACUACUUGGAAGUCUACCUGACAGAUGAAUUUGCUAAAGGAAGAAAAGUGGCAGAUCUUUAUGAACUUGUACAGUAUGCUGGAAACAUUAUCCCAAGGCUUUAUCUGUUGAUCACAGUUGGAGUUGUAUAUGUCAAGUCAUUUCCUCAGUCCAGGAAAGAUAUUUUGAAAGACUUGGUAGAAAUGUGUCGGGGUGUGCAGCAUCCUUUGAGAGGUUUAUUUCUUCGGAACUAUCUUCUUCAGUGUACCAGAAACAUCUUGCCUGAUGAAGGAGAGCCAACAGAUGAAGAAACAACUGGCGACAUAAGUGAUUCCAUGGAUUUUGUACUACUUAACUUUGCAGAGAUGAACAAGCUCUGGGUGCGAAUGCAACAUCAGGGACAUAGCCGAGAUAGAGAGAAAAGAGAACGAGAAAGACAAGAACUGAGAAUUUUGGUGGGAACAAAUUUGGUGCGCCUCAGUCAGUUGGAAGGUGUGAAUGUGGAACGUUACAAACAGAUUGUUUUGACUGGCAUAUUGGAGCAAGUUGUGAAUUGUAGGGAUGCAUUGGCUCAAGAAUAUCUUAUGGAGUGUAUUAUUCAGGUUUUCCCUGAUGAAUUCCACCUUCAAACUUUGAAUCCUUUUCUCCGGGCCUGUGCUGAGUUACACCAAAAUGUAAAUGUGAAGAACAUAAUCAUUGCUUUAAUUGAUAGAUUAGCGUUGUUUGCCCACCGUGAAGAUGGACCUGGAAUCCCAGCAGAUAUUAAACUUUUUGACAUAUUUUCACAGCAGGUGGCUACAGUAAUACAGUCUAGACAAGACAUGCCUUCAGAGGAUGUUGUAUCUUUACAAGUUUCUCUCAUUAAUCUUGCUAUGAAGUGUUACCCUGAUCGUGUGGACUAUGUUGAUAAAGUUCUAGAAACUACAGUGGAAAUAUUUAAUAAGCUCAACCUUGAACAUAUUGCUACCAGUAGUGCAGUUUCAAAGGAGCUCACCAGACUUUUGAAGAUACCUGUUGACACUUACAACAAUAUUUUAACAGUCUUGAAAUUAAAACAUUUUCACCCACUUUUUGAGUACUUUGACUAUGAGUCCAGAAAGAGCAUGAGUUGUUAUGUGCUUAGUAAUGUUCUGGAUUAUAACACAGAAAUUGUCUCUCAAGACCAGGUGGAUUCCAUAAUGAAUUUGGUAUCCACGUUGAUUCAGGACCAGCCAGAUCAGCCCAUAGAAGAUCCUGAUCCUGAAGACUUUGCUGAUGAGCAGAGCCUUGUGGGCAGAUUCAUUCAUCUUCUGCGGUCUGAGGACCCUGACCAGCAGUACUUGAUUUUAAACACAGCACGAAAACAUUUUGGAGCUGGUGGAAAUCAGCGGAUUCGCUUCACACUGCCACCCUUGGUAUUUGCAGCUUAUCAGCUGGCGUUUCGCUACAAAGAGAAUUCUAAAGUGGAUGACAAAUGGGAAAAGAAAUGCCAGAAGAUUUUUUCAUUUGCUCACCAGACUAUUAGUGCUUUGAUCAAAGCAGAGCUGGCAGAAUUACCCUUAAGACUUUUUCUUCAAGGGGCUCUAGCUGCUGGAGAAAUUGGUUUUGAAAAUCAUGAAACAGUGGCGUACGAAUUUAUGUCCCAGGCAUUUUCUCUGUAUGAAGAUGAAAUCAGUGAUUCCAAAGCACAGCUGGCUGCCAUCACCUUGAUCAUUGGUACUUUUGAGAGGAUGAAGUGCUUCAGUGAAGAGAAUCAUGAACCUUUGAGGACUCAGUGUGCACUUGCUGCAUCCAAACUUCUGAAGAAACCUGACCAGGGCCGAGCUGUGAGCACCUGUGCACAUCUCUUCUGGUCUGGCAGAAACACAGACAAAAAUGGAGAAGAGCUUCAUGGAGGCAAGAGGGUAAUGGAAUGCCUUAAAAAAGCUCUGAAAAUAGCAAAUCAGUGCAUGGACCCCUCUUUACAAGUGCAACUUUUUAUAGAAAUUCUGAACAGAUAUAUCUAUUUUUAUGAAAAGGAAAAUGAUGCGGUCACAAUUCAGGUUUUGAACCAGCUUAUCCAAAAGAUUCGAGAAGAUCUUCCAAAUCUUGAGUCCAGUGAAGAAACAGAGCAGAUUAACAAACAUUUUCAUAACACACUGGAGCAUUUGCGUUUGAGGCGGGAAUCGCCAGAAUCUGAGGGGCCAAUUUAUGAAGGUCUCAUCCUUUAAAAAGGAAACAGGCUCACCAUACUCUUUUCCAUGUACAUCCAGUAAGGGUUUUAUUAUACUAGGUUUCCCUUCCAUAGAUUGUGCCUUUCAGAAAUGCUGAGGUAGGUUUCCUGUUCUUACCUGUGAUGUGUUUUACCCAGCACCUCCAGACACCUUCAGGACCUUAAUAAAGUUAUUCACUUCCUAAGUGUUCAGUCUGUCUGAUCACCCCAGGUAGCAUGAUUGAUCUGCUAUUUAAAACUCACGUGGUCUAUUAAAAUAAAAAAGCAGAAACAAACCACCACUUAUCUCAGCUACUAAUGAAGCUCUUCUUCCUUUAUUCCGUUUUGUUGGUUGUGUAAUUUCCUUCAUUACUUGGGAGUACUAACUUGAAAGUGUCUGUCUCUCUGUUCUCUAGUCCAAUUUGCGAUUAAUUUAGAGGAAAGGGAUACUGUAUGUGAAAUUCAGCUUGGGCUUUUCCCUAAUUGCAAGAUAAGGCCAUGUGUAAUAUUUUCCCUAAAACUAGAAUAUAUUAGUGCAUGUUUGAGAAUUUUAAAACACCAUGGUCAAUACCAAAAGCUCUAUUUUGCAUAUUUGGAUUCAGUCAUCAAUUAAGAACCUAUGUUGUCCUCUGGGCAUAUUUAUCAAAAUAAUUUUGUUCUAAAUAGUAUAAAAUAGGAAAUUUGUGAUCGAUAUAAUUUAUGUAUAACUUUCAUUAUUGUAAAUUUAAGGGGAAAUGCAUCAUACAAUUAUGAUUUUUUUUUUUUUGCACCAGUGGAACAAUAAAGUUGCUAUUAACAAUUUUGGACUUUAA